AUGACACUCGAACUCAUUCCUAAUGGUGAUCUUAUUUUCAAAGGUCCAUUUACUGCUGUAUCAACAACAGCACUUAAAUUAUCUAAUAGUGGCAAUGAAAGACUUGCCUACAAAAUAAAAACAACAGCACCAAAACGCUAUUGCGUUAAACCAAAUAGCGGUUUUCUUGAUCCUCAAGGCAUGGCAAAUAUUCAAGUUAUGUUACAACCGCAUGCAGCAGGUCAACAAGAUGAUCGUAGUAAACAUAAAUUUAUGGUACAAUGGGUUGCUGUACCAUCUAAUUAUAAUGAAGAUGUGGACAAUUUUUGGAAACAAGAUUUAACAAAACUUAAUGUACAUGAUUCGAAAUUAAAAUGUGUUUUUGCUGAUGAAGCACCAGCUGCUGUCGUGCCAAAUGAUUCAUUUGGAAAUAGAGAUUCAGAUGCACCAUCGACACGUGCUAACGAAUCAACAAAUGUAAUUGAAAAUCGUACUCAACAACAAAAUACUAAGAAUGAAAAUCUUACAUCAUCAACUUUAAAUCAAAAAUCAGCUACACAUACUUCACGCGAUACAAAUCUUGCUCAAACUCAAUAUCAAGAUCGUCCACAGGAUACUGGUAAUGAUUCAAAUAAAUCACAUCUCAAACAAGAACUUGAUCGUUUGAAAGAUGAGAAUGAAAGCUUAAAAGUACGUAUCGUAAGACCAUUUCUCAUUUUCGAAAGAAUUAAACAACAAGACCUUCGACAAAGAAAUGUUGGUAAUGAUCGUGUUGAUAAUCCAGUUGUCGAUCGAUUUAAACCAAAUCAACAACAAAAAGGUCUUGUUCUUUUUGGUAUAACGUUAACUGAACAACUUGUUCUUGUGGCUUUUGUUGUUGCAUUAAUAUUUGGAUUUUCACUCGGUUAUUUUCUUUUUUCCUGUGGAAAUUAA